AUGAAAACGGACUGGCACAGAUAUAAUCUCAAGAGGAGAGUAACUCAGCUUCCACCAGUUGACGAAGAAACGUUUAAAGGGAAGGUGGUUGCGACUGAAGCCAAGGAUGCAUCAUCGACCGAAGAGAACAAAGGUAUAGACAAAUCUAGAAGAAAGAAUGAAAGAGCUGCAAAGAAAGAGUUAUUGAGACAACAACGUGAAGCGCUUUUGAAAGGCAUCCCAGGGGAAAUUGAAAACGAGAAGAACAAAAGCUUAGAGUCUUCAUCUGAGGACGCUGAGCUCAAUAAUAUGAUGGAGGCAAAGAUAAACCAACGCGUGGAGAUUAAACCAACUACAUGUUUAUUCUGCUCAGAUAAGAAACAGGCUCACUUUGACAGUGUCGAAGAAAAUAUCUCACAUAUGACCAAGAUUCACGGGCUCUUUUUGCCUGAAAAAAAGUACCUCGUUGAUGUUGAAGGAUUGAUAGUAUAUCUAGGGGAGAAGCUUGGUUUGGGAAAUGUUUGCUUGUCAUGUUCCUACCAGGGCAAAAGUUUAGCGGCCGUGAGGGAGCACAUGCACAGUAAGCGCCACAUCCGUAUACCAUAUGAAAGUGAUGAAGAAAAGUUAGAAAUUUCCGACUUUUACGACUUCACAUCGUCUUAUAAGAAUGACGCAAGUGAAUUUCAGACCGAAAACGAUGAAGAGGAUUGGGAAGAUGUUUCUGAAACAGAUUUUGAUGACAAGGAGUCCGAUGAUGAGGAUAGUGAGAAUGAUCUCACAGCUUCUGGGGAAGACUUUAUUAUAAAUCUUGGCGACGAGUUAAUUCUUCCAAAUGGUUUAUCGCUAGGUCAUAGACGACUCCGAAAACUUCGCAAACAAAAACAGGAACUCAUUCUUUCGGAAGGUCAAGGAACUGUUGUGGCAGCCGAAUGUAGGCAGUUGAGCUUCCAAAAUCUGCAAGUCACAAAAGAGCAGCAGCAGGUUUGGAAGUCAGAGAAAAGAAUGUACGACCUCAAGGACAGGCGGCUGUCUAAAUACGUCAACAACCAGCCCCACUUUCGGGACCAGCUACUUCAGUGA